GGGCCCCGCGCGCCCCCCGCUCGCCCGCGCGCUCCGGCCGGGCCGGGAUGGCAUCCCUGCCCACCUGCGAUAGAGAAGCUAGCAGUGGUAGUUAUAACCUCUCCACUGGAACGACUGGGAGUUACUACAGCUGCGUCAGCCAGAUCACCAUAGGUUACGAUGUUGCUGGUCCAGUGGCAAUCGGGCUGUCCCAUUGGAAAAAUCCGUAUCUGCAAGGUGGUCCUCCACUCUCAUCAGAUCUCCCAGUAUUCAUCUCCAAGGAUGCUGGCAUCCCUGUCUAUCACCAGUCUUUCACACGGAAGAGUGAUCUGUCAUCUCCUUUGUCUUGCCCAGCUUCACUGUCCAUCACUCCAGUGCCUUCUUAUAGCAGCAGCAGCCAAGAAACCCUUAGCCAAGACACUUCAGGUUUAAGUUUCUCUCUUCAUGGGGCUGAAAAGCAUUUGCAAAUCCAUCCAAGGCAAAGUGUGGCAACCCAUCCAGCAUCACAGCAACUGUCCGUGGUUAGGCAUUCUUCGCUCCCACCAGCCAGAAAGUCAUUAAAAAUGGAGGCUUCCUCUUCUGGGCUAAUGAUUGGGAAAACCAAAAUCCUUCACCCAGAAGGAAGUGUGGAUUUGCAAGGUUUCCAGCUGGAUAUGCAAAUGCAAGAUGGCCAAAAGAGUGAUGUGGACUUUUCAGAAAUACUUAAUGCAAUACAAGAAAUGGCCAAGGAUGUCAACAUUUUUUUUGAUGAAUUAGAAGGUGUCAACAGUCCUUGCAAAGAUGAUGAUUCCUUACUUCACCCUGGUAAUUUGACCAGUACUUCAGAUGAUGCUAGUAGAUUGGAAACAUUGGGAGAGGCUGUUCCGGAAAAGAAUCGAUCAAAUGGACUUUAUUUUAGAGAUGGAAAAUGUCGUAUUGACUACAUUCUCGUGUAUAGAAAAUCAAGCCCACAGACAGAAAAGAGAGAAGUAUUUGAAAGAAAUAUCAGAGCAGAAGGAUUACAAAUGGAGAAGGAGUCCUCUUUAACAAAUAAUGACAUUAUCUUUGUGAAGUUGCAUGCCCCGUGGGAGGUUCUGGGAAGAUAUGCUGAAGUUAUGAAUGUAAGAAUGCCUUUCAGGAGAAAAAUCUAUUACCUGCCCCGCCGGUACAAGUUCAUGAGCAGGAUCGAGAAACAAAUAAGCAGGUUUCGGAGAUGGUUACCUAGAAAGCCUAUGAGACUGGACAAGGAGACACUGCCUGACCUGGAGGAGAACGACUGCUAUACUGCCCCUUUCAGCCAACAAAGGAUUCAUCACUUCAUCAUACACAACAAAGACACUUUCUUCAACAAUGCCACAAGAAGUAGAAUUGUACAUCAUAUUUUACAAAGAAUUAAAUAUGAAGAAGGAAAAAACAAAAUUGGCGAUGGAAAAACAGAUUCUGCAAACACAAAGAACCGGAGACUGAAUUCACAAAUCAGGACUACUGAUUAUGGUCUAAAUCGAUUGCUUACUAAUGGCUCCUAUGAAGCUGCAUUUCCACUUCAUGAGGGAAGUUACAGAAGUAAAAAUUCCAUUAGAACCCACGGAGCAGAAAAUCAUAGGCACCUGCUUUAUGAGUGCUGGGCCUCCUGGGGUGUAUGGUAUAAGUACCAGCCCUUGGAUCUUGUAAGGCGGUAUUUUGGAGAAAAAAUUGGAUUGUACUUUGCUUGGUUAGGCUGGUACACUGGAAUGCUCUUCCCAGCUGCUUUCAUUGGAUUAUUUGUCUUUCUGUAUGGAGUUACCACUCUGGACCACUGCCAAGUCAGUAAAGAAGUCUGCCAAGCUACGGAUAUCAUAAUGUGUCCUGUGUGUGAUAAGUAUUGUCCCUUCAUGAGACUGUCGGACAGCUGUGUAUAUGCCAAGGUUACCCAUCUUUUUGACAAUGGAGCUACUGUCUUCUUUGCUGUUUUCAUGGCAGUUUGGGCUACUGUUUUCCUGGAGUUUUGGAAGAGGAGGCGAGCAGUAAUUGCUUAUGACUGGGACUUGAUAGACUGGGAAGAAGAGGAGGAAGAAAUACGUCCCCAGUUUGAAGCGAAGUAUUCCAAGAAAGAAAGGAUGAAUCCCAUAUCUGGAAAGCCAGAGCCUUAUCAAGCCUUUACAGAUAAAUGCAGCAGACUUGUUGUUUCUGCUUCUGGAAUAUUUUUUAUGAUCUGUGUGGUGAUUGCUGCUGUUUUUGGAAUUGUCAUUUACCGUGUUGUGACUGUCAGCACUUUUGCUGCCUUUAAAUGGGCUUUAAUCAGGAACAAUUCUCAGGUUGCAACAACAGGGACUGCAGUGUGUAUCAAUUUUUGCAUCAUCAUGCUACUGAAUGUGUUAUAUGAAAAGGUUGCUCUUCUUCUAACAAAUUUAGAGCAGCCUCGUACUGAGUCUGAGUGGGAGAACAGCUUCACUUUGAAAAUGUUUCUUUUUCAGUUCGUCAAUCUGAACAGCUCGACCUUUUACAUAGCAUUCUUCCUUGGAAGGUUUACAGGACACCCUGGUGCCUAUUUGAGGCUGAUAAACAGGUGGAGAUUGGAAGAGUGCCACCCCAGUGGAUGCCUUAUAGACCUUUGUAUGCAAAUGGGUAUCAUAAUGGUGCUAAAGCAGACUUGGAAUAAUUUCAUGGAACUGGGAUACCCGUUAAUUCAGAAUUGGUGGACCAGGAGAAAAUUACGGCAGGAGCAUGGCACUCAGAGAAAAGCAGGUUUCCCCCAGUGGGAAAGGGACUACAACCUUCAGCCCAUGAAUGCUUAUGGACUCUUUGAUGAAUACCUAGAAAUGAUUCUUCAAUUUGGAUUCACAACUAUCUUUGUGGCAGCUUUUCCACUGGCACCACUCCUGGCCUUACUUAACAAUGUUAUUGAAAUCCGUCUUGACGCAUACAAAUUUGUUACCCAGUGGAGAAGGCCUUUAGCUUCAAGAGCCAAAGAUAUUGGGAUCUGGUAUGGAAUUCUCGAAGGCAUUGGAAUCCUCUCGGUUAUUACAAAUGCAUUUGUCAUCGCUAUCACUUCAGAUUUCAUCCCUCGUCUGGUUUACGCUUACAAGUAUGGACCUUGUGCCGGCCAAGGAGAAGCUGGACAAAAGUGUAUGGUUGGCUAUGUUAAUGCCAGUCUGUCUGUCUUCCUGGUAUCAGACUUUGAAAACCGAUCUGAGCCUACUUCAGACGGAAGCGAAUUCUCUGGCUCACCUCUGAAGUACUGCAGAUACCGAGACUAUCGAGAUCCUCCUCAUUCCCUGGUGCCCUAUGGCUACACACUGCAAUUCUGGCACGUCUUGGCAGCACGUUUGGCUUUUAUUAUUGUAUUUGAGCACCUUGUAUUUUGCAUAAAGCACUUGAUUUCUUAUCUAAUCCCGGACCUUCCAAAAGAUCUGAGGGAUCGAAUGAGGAGAGAGAAGUACCUGAUUCAGGAGAUGAUGUAUGAAGCAGAACUGGAGCGUCUCCAAAAGGAACGCAAAGAAAGAAAGAAAAAUGGAAAAUCUCAUCACAAUGAGUGGCCAUAACUGGCUGUGCAAUAGCACCACUUUCCAGAGAAUGAAAAGACUGCAACCUCAGUGCAUGUCAGACGCAAAGCAAGCUGGUCAGCACACGGCAGAGGAUUUACCGUGAAACCGUUUUGCAAUCCACUGUUUGAUUGCUCUCCGUAGACCAUUCUCAACAGAGUAAGCAUGUACGUCAAGGGCAGUUAUACUCACGUUUUUAAAAUCCAGAAAAAAUUGUAUACCGGGACUGUUUUUCAGCCUGUUUGCUACCUUUCUCGCAUUCUGUCCCAUGUGAGUUUUACAGACAUUAGAAAAAAAAGUAAAUUAAAAAUAUGGAUACUCAGACAUACAUUACUUGUAUGUUACAAUGCCAUUUACUUCCAUACCAUCAAAUAAAAACUGAGACCCUGUUUACAAAUUUUUAUUUAAUUUUGGAUCUUUCUGAAGAAAUUGAUUUAUUAUAGAUAUGUAUCUAUAGCUAUAAGACUAUGGCCAUAGAUGAAUCUGUGUGUGUACAUAUGUAUAUUCAUAUAUUCCGACAUAUGUACAUAAAAAUACACACAUAUAUAUAAGUACAUAGAAAAUCUUUAUUUGUAAAUAGCCAAAAUCUACAGAAAAGGAUGUUAAUUUCCUCUUAAAUAAUCAUCAGCAUAAAGCCAUGUUCAAUGCUUGUACAAUGUGAUGCAAUAAACUCUAAAAAAUAUGCAUAUGACAGAUGUGCUGUUGGGUCUUUUUAGGUAAAUUUAAAUUUAGUUGGGUUCUCUUGGAGAAUAUUA